AUGCCUGAGUCAUAUCAGAGCCUUGGAAACCAAGAUCCUGCCACAAGCAGUUUCUGUUCAGAGGAAGUACAACCUGGACAUGGACUUGUGCUUAGAGCUGGGAAUAAUGAUACUCUAGCGACACCAAGUUCCAGCUCAGCGGUGUCUCAGUGGAGGCUGGAAGCAAGAUCCAGUCAAGGUACACAGGAGCCUUUGCUUUCAGUGGUCGCUGCGGCUAGACACUUUUCUGCCACAAAUUCCUUCGAAAAUGGCUAUACUGCUAGCACAACAAGGGAAGAUACUACACUUCCUCAAGAACCAUUGAUGCUCAACUGGGAUCUUCGGCGAGAUAGAUAUUCUAUCAUACCGCCCAGAACUAAAACUAAAAGGAGGAAAUUGACAUCCUUUGAGAAAGAUCGUACUAAGGCGCUCAAGAAGGCAGGGGGGGCUUGUGAUGCCUGUCGAAAGGUAAAGAAGAGGUGCUCUCAUAAGGACACGCUUCUGGGACUAAACCAAACUCCUACGAGCAGCAGCAGCAGCAGUGCCAAUAACCCACGACGCCGCCGCCAGCAAAUAUCCGAUGCUCGGGCAGUGGCUAUCGACAAGCACACUGGCUCUGAAUGGCGACAUAACUCCACGAAUGCCUCAUCCUACCAGCAGUUAACAGCCGCCGGCGAUCCGAGCGUGUUCACAUCUUCUGAAAACAACACACCGCCUUCUGAUGCGACUUCUAUCGAAUAUACCAGUGAUAUCAAUCCCGCUCGGCGGAGCGGGACUUUCGCUCUGUAUGCUGCAGGUUUGGGUCUUCAGUUCAAGUGA